AUGGAUAGGGUUACAGUCGUCAACUACUGCUUAGGACUCCUGGGUUUGUUACUGCUGCAGGGAGUGCUAAAUGUGGAAGGACGGAGCAUAUUUAACCCUGGGAACCACAUUUUUAAUCCAAAAGAAGACACAGAUGCCCAGAGCAAGAUUCUAUCACUGUUACUACACAAGAGCUUAGUUCCUGUUGAAAAGGAUGAUCCUCUAGGUCUGGAGCUGACCAACAAAUUAGCUCAAUUAGAGGAGCUGCGGGCGCUGAGGGAGGACCUGGAGCUGGAGAGGGAGAUCACAGCCAAUUUGGCAGAAGGCAAAUCCAUAACUAGGAAGAGGGGUGAACCUUGCUUUUGGAAGUACUGCGUCUGACACGGAUGCAAAGGGAGAAGGACCACUGUGAAAUCUUGCUGCAAAGCCCAACAUAGCCUUAAGACACAAACUUCAUUCAUUUCAGUCAUUUUAUCAUCAAACUGUAUUUAUCUCAGCAAUAUAGAGUUGUACCAUAAUCAAUAAACAUUUCCACUGCACUGAGGACUGCAGAUGUACAUCUUUACUCACUGGAAAUACUUGAGGGUCGGAUAUGACAAAAUCUACUUGACUGCAAAGACAUAUUAUUAUUAUUAUUUCAUCAGCAGGGAUUAUUAUUUGCUUCCUGCUUGUGUUUGUCGCUCCCUUGUGGCAGAAUUGGGCACAACAUGUUUUUGUACUUCUGCCAACAAACAUUACAUCUGUCACUGCUUUUAGAAAUGCACUGCUGUUCAUUUUACAAUAUUAAUAAAAUUAU